AUGGCCGUCGAAGUUGCCUUUGGAUUAUUGCAAAUCUUCGCUGCUGGACAACUUAUAGCUAGUGCUAUCAAUGAUAAACCAGAUGUUUCUGAUUUUUACAACAUUAGGAUGGAAAUUGGGAAUACUCCUGAUGCCGGAGGUAACCCACCAACAGUUGUAUUAAGAGAUUUUGCGCAAACCGAAUUUAGAGGAGUCUUGCAAGGAACCAGCGAAGAUCCUGAGGACCAGUGCCGCAAUAAUCGUAUACUUACCCUAGGAACAUUCAAACCGAGUGACAGGAAAAUUUUCAAUGGCCUGAAGAGCGGUGAGGCUCCGGUUAACGCGAUUCCGACUGCUAACGGCUUCAAUUUUAAGUCCGUUGAUGUUCAAGGUGGUGGAAAUUCUAUAUGUAUCUCAAAUUUUAUAUUCAAAGGCAGCGAGUCACAGGCUCGUGCUGACCAGAUAUUCCUUCCGAUCGGUAACCUUGGCAGAAUCUGUGGCUUCAAAUGGAACUGGGGCACGAAUCUUGGUGGCCAACGACAGGAAUGUAUUUGGUUAAAUAGCGAUACUGAUAAUGGCGCAAAAUCUUUAAGAGUACUUCACCUCGACAUGGAAAAAAUUGCCGAUAUCUUCAACUCUGGCACGACCGAAGAACUCAAAGCUGUUAAUGAAACUACGCUUUGUUCACUUUUUGGAGAUAGCUUCGGCACCAUAGCAAAUUUUAAUGACUGUGCACGAUCUCCUGGUGAUGAAAUUAAGGCAAGAGAUAUCAGUACCAGCUCUAUACCACUCGUUGAUAUAGAUUCUAAAGAUUUUUUAAGCUCUUCUUCGUCUGGAACAUUUUCCGGAGCAGGCUUUAUGUCUAGAGAUCAUAAAGUAUUUGAGAGUAAGAGCAAAUUAUUUAGCGAAGUCACUUUCCGACAAGAAACCGUCUCUAGGAAAAAGAAGCGUUCAAUGAGUCCCAUAGGAACAAAAAAUGGCGAGUUUAAUCCGAUUCUCCAAUCAAGAAGCCUAAGAUCAAAGCUCAACAGAUUAAAAUCAAAAGCAAGGAAAUUGAAAAAGCUGGAUAAAAUAAUUAAAAGAGAGAGUGGUGACAAUACUAUCACAGUUAAUCAAUGCAAGGCAACUGUAGACGGUAGCGUACCACUUUGCAAAACUCAGAAUAUGGUCGCCCAAGUUUAG